AUGGGUGCUGAAUUCAAUCAGAUGUCGAAAGAUCUCGAAGGCCAACUCUACGAAGACCUUCUCUUUGACUACAAUAAAAUUCCGCGACCCGUCAAGAAUAGCUCAGACAUUCUCACCGUGGAUGUUGGUGCUUCCCUAAUCCGCAUCAUAGAUGUGGACGAGAAGAAUCAAGUGCUAACCACGAAUUUAUGGUUGGAAAUGAAAUGGUUUGAUUCAAAGCUUGUAUGGGAUCCUAUCAAAUAUGGAGGUUUGCUUACUUUGCAUAUACCAAGCGAUCUCAUUUGGACUCCAGAUUUGGUGCUGUACAACAAGUAA